AAUAUAUAUAUAUAUAUAUGCAUGCUUUUAAAACCUAAUAAAAUGUACUCUUUUUUUUUUUUUGAUCAACUUUUGUUUUGUUUAAUAUAAACCUUUUGUUUUUCCACUUAAACUAAAAGAAGAAAAUAUCAAUAAUAAAUUAUAUACAUUUAAAAAGAUAUACAAAUUUAUAAGAUGAGACUUGAACCUUGUAAUUGGAUAAAGAGUUCUCAUACUAAUAUAGUAAUAUACGAACGAACGACACAGAAAAGCUCACCUGAAACGAAAAGAAGAAAAACAUUCACUCUAACUCAAUCUCUAUAUACUUGUUCAUUUGCCUUAGUAGUCUCCCAAAUUUAAUGGCGAUGAAACCCGUCAACUACACUGUGGUAGAUGCGUUCACAGACUCAGCCUUCAAGGGAAACCCAGCAGUUGUUUGCUUGCUGGAGGAGGACAGAGACGACCACUGGUUGCAAUCGGUGGCCACCGAGUUCAAUAUGCCCGUGACUUGUUACCUGACUCGGCUGCUCACUGAGUCGGAAUCUGAGGGAUCUUCAACUCCAAGGUUCCGUCUUAGAUGGUUCACUCCUGUUCUUGAGGUUGUUCUUUGCGGACACGCGACAUUAGCAGCUGCACAUACGCUAUUUUCAUCUGGAAAAAUAGAUUCUGAUGUUAUUGAGUUUGUCACCUUGUCUGGAUUUCUAACAGCUAAGAAAGUUGGUCAAAAUAACAAGGCAUCUGAUGAUGAAGCACGCAAAGGCUUCUUUAUCGAAUUGAACUUUCCUAGCGAUCCAAAUGCGGAAUUCAAUUCUGUCGAGGUUUCAAUGAUAUCUAAGGCGUUGGGUGGUGCUUCAGUUAUUAAUAUAAGAAGAACAACUACUUUGGAUUAUCUCAUUGUUGUGGUCCCAUCAGCAAAAUCUGUUACAGAUAUUCAGCCAAACUUUGAUGUCAUAGGAAAAUUUCCCGUUAAGGCGACAAUAGUGACCGGGUUGGCUCCUCCUGAGUCUGAAUUCGAUUUUUACAGUAGGUCCUUCUCUCCACAAUAUGGAAUCAAUGAGGAUCCUGUUACAGGGAGUGCUCAUUGUUCCUUGGCGUCAUACUGGAGUAAAGAACUGGGAAAGUGUGAUUUUGUUGCAUAUCAGGCAUCACCAAGAGGAGGGGUGUUGAAUAUUCAUUUGGAUGAGCAAAACCAGAGAGUGAUUUUGCGAGGAAAAGCAUUUACUGUGAUGGAAGGAAUACUUUUGGCUUGAUUAAUUUUCUUUUAAUCAAGGAUUUAUAGAUGACUCAUUGUUUUAACAUGGAUAGAUUCCUUAAAAUUGGGAUCGAAACUUUUAUGUGAUAAACAAAGCCACAAGUACUACUUGAAAAAUCCAGUUUACAUAAAUUGAAAAGUUUUAGAGAAAA